UGCCGUACUGAUGAUCACAAAGUUGUCGUGUUAGCACUGUUGCUUUUAAUCAUGCUUCUCUGUCAUUGUGAACUAUAACGUUUUGCUGAAGCCAUUGGUUAAAUUAUAUCGUGAUCAUGAAAAAAAAUGUUUUAUAUUAGUAGCAGUUCAUGCUGUACUAAAAAGAAAGCGUUUCCAGCUAACUAGCCAGAGCUAACUAGCUAAUGAAGUGGCUAACAUUGAGCCGUGAUGGAACUGCAAACGUUAUUACUGGGAGUAUUAUCCGGAUGCAGUUUGAUCAUCCUAUGUUUUUUAGUACGACUUUUUGUUGUCCUACGGGAAGGUCCAGAGUGUAAGCCUGGAGCGAAGGGUCCUGUAUGCAUACUAGUCGUAGCGGGAUCUGGUGGCCAUACAACAGAGAUUCUGCGCUUGGUCGGAAGUCUGUCCCAGUCCUACAGACCACGGCACUAUGCCAUAGCUGACACAGAUCAGAUGAGUGAGGACAAGAUCCGCACUUUUGAGAGCUCUCAUGGAGACGCACUAAAGGAACAUCAGUACACCAUUCAUCGGAUUCCGCGCAGUCGAGAGGUGCGCCAGUCCUGGAGCUCGUCAGUGGUCAGCACUUUGUAUGCCCUUCUCUACUCCGUACCACUGGUCUUCAGACUGCGGCCUGAUGUGGUGCUGUGUAAUGGGCCAGGGACGUGUGUACCUCUGUGUGCGGCUGGGCUGCUCCUCGGGAUGCUGGGGCUGAAGAGGGUGGUGCUGGUCUAUGUGGAGAGCAUCUGCCGUGUGGAGAACCUCUCCCUUUCUGGAAAGAUCCUCUACCACCUGGCCGACUACUUCUUUGUGCAGUGGACCAGCCUGAAGGACAAAUAUCCCAAAGCAAUUUACAUGGGGAGAAUAGUGUAAUCCCAACCCCCAUCUUUGAUUUGAACUGGACCGCACACAAGACUUUUGUUUUAUAUAAAUCAUGUCUACACAACAUAUAAGUGCAAUUGGGUUUGGUCAUUUGGUGGGUAUGUUUGCAUUCUAUGUUCGGGUAUUUGUAUCUUUGAGCCUUCACCAUGAAUGUUGCCAUCUAACUCGUGGUCAGGUACAACCAUUUGAGUGAAACUGGGAAGAUGUUACAUCAGGUUUUAGCUAUUUGGAAAAAUCCACUGUAAACAGUAUCCAAAACUGAGAGCAGGUGUUUGCUUCAUUCAUUCCUUCAUACGGUAGGCAGGCGUAGGUGAAACUGCCUUACGCCAGAAUCAAGGAGCUGUUGUUGUCAAGUCACCAAGGCUUUCCGCCUCUCGAGUGUAGCGCUACAGCCGUGGAGUGACAGGCUGACGGCCGAGGCGAUGACAGGCAGCCACCUCUGCGUUCUCGAUGCGGUGACAGCUCCCCACUGUUUUUCCACGGAGAAGAAAAGGCAAGACUCCACAGGACUGCUGUGUCUAACGUAGAUGGCAUCUGCAGAGGGGGACCUCUGUGAUGUUUCCUCUAUGUGACGAAACAUCUCCAAAACAGGGCUGACAGGGUUGUAUUGUUCUGAUAUGAUGGGUUUCAUUGGUCCGAAUAGAAAUGAAAAAGGAAUUCAUGAGAACCAAUGUGUUUGUUUUUUCAAUAUAAAUAAACAAAUAUCCUCUUUGAA